AAGGGUGCGUGUGCCGGGAUUCUCCGGAAGACCAGCAACUUUAUAAGGGAUUCCAGGGAGGAGCGUCAGCAGCAGCACCUGUUCUUGUGAAGGCAAGCGACCUGUUGCUGCUCAAGGCACUUCCUAGCCUCCUUGCCUGCCUCGUUGUCUGCAGUCUUUGUGGGUUGAUUGAUGCUGCAUGACCUGACCACUCCAAGCUGAAGGGUAGCAAUUGCAUGCACCGUCCAGAGAAGCAUCAUCCAGCAUCAUGAGUCAAAAGCGUCCAGCAAGUGAUAGUGGAGUACCUAGCAGUAUUAGUACUACUAGCAGUAAGAAAACCAGGAAAACCAUUAGUUUAGAUACUAAAUUAGACGUUUUAAGGUGUCUUGAUGAAGGCGAGCGUGCGGUAGACAUUGGCAUUGCUCUAGGUCUUACUCCGACCACUGUGAGAACAAUUCGGCGUAAUGCUGACAAGAUCAGGGCUAGUGCUCGGUGGGUCACACCACUUAGUGCUACUACAAUAAGUCAAUCAAGAAGCAGUUUGCUGGAAAACAUGGAGCGUCUUCUCUCAGUGUGGAUAGAAGACCAAAACCAGCGGAACGUACCUCUAAGUUUGCUAGUGAUACAAGCUAAGGCAAAAAGUUUGUAUGAUAAUUUGAAGAUAGACCAAGGUGAAGGAUCGCAGACAGAGACUUUCACAGCAAGUCAGGGAUGGUUUGAUCAGUUUAAGAAACGCUACCACCUGCAUAACAUCAAGAUGUCUGAUGAGGCAACUAGUGCUGAUAUUGCAGCAGCUAAAAUAUUCUCUCACUACCUCAAGAAAAUAAUUGCGGAAGGUGGCUAUACCCCUAAACAGGUCUUCAAUGUUGAUGAAACGGGUCUCUACUGGAAGAGGAUGCCUGAGCAGACUUACAUUUCUCAAGAAGAGAAGACAGCACCUGGAUUUAAAGCAGCUAAAGACCGCCUAACCUUGCUUCUAGGUGGUAAUGCCGCUGGAGACAUGAAGAUGAAACCACUGGCAGUGUACCAAUCUGAAACACCACGUGCUCUAAAGGGAUUUUCAAAGGAACACCUUCCAGUCAUUUGGAGAUCUAAUAAAAAGGCAUGGAUAACUGGAGCUAUUUUUUCAGAAUGGCUCACUCUGUAUGCUAUUCCUGCAUGGAAAGAAUAUUGUUCCAAGGAAAAUCUUGAUUUCAAGAUUUUAUUGCUUAUUGAUAAUGCACCAGCUCAUCCAAUUAACCUAGAUGACAUGUGCAAAAAAGUGAAAGUUGUCUUUCUGCCACAUAACAUGACAUCACUCAUUCAACCCAUGGACCAAGGAGCCAUCUCUGCAUUUAAGGCAUAUUACUUACGCCAUAUUUUCGACCAACUCAUCAGAGGCACUGAAGGGGAAGGCAAACCUACAAUUAGGCAAUUUUGGCAUGACUACAAUAUUCUGAAGUGCAUCAAUAACAUUGGUAAGGCCUGGGCUGAUGUUACUCAGGCAUGCAUGAAUGGUGUGUGGGCGAAGUUGUGGCCUGAAUGUGUCAAUGACUUAAAAGGAUUCAAAGAUAUUAUCCCUGCUAUAAAGAAAGAUAUCCUUGGCUUGGCCAAGAAAGCAGGUUUUGAUGAAGUGGAAGAAGACGAUGUUACACAACUUCUGCAAUCACAUGGAGAGGAGCUAACCAAUGAAGAACUGAUGCAAUUAGAGGCGAUGAGAGCAAUGGAAGAAAAGGACCAAGAAGUAAAAGUAGAAACAACCCAUCAAAAUUUAACUGCUAAACGUCUUUCUGAAGCUUUCCAAAUGAUUGAAGCUGGCUUGCAAAUCCUCAAUGAUGACGAUCCUGACAGGGAACGCAGCUCCAAAGUGAUUAAGGGAGUUGGUCAUCUAAUGACUUGCUAUAAAGAAAUUUACCAAGAAAAAAAAAGAAAGGAAAACAGCAAUUUCUAGAAAGGUAAGCAAGAACAGCAAGGAGAGCAGCCAGAUGAUGCACCUUCUUACUCAACCAUCUGAACCAAACUUCACAGUUAUCAUUGCUGAGUAUAGUAUUACAUUGUUAGUUUAAAACUCUUUACAAUUUAUACUUGUAUUAAAUUGCUUCUUUAAAA